UAAAAACUAAGUUAACUGUAAUAACUGUCUUCUCUCUGCCACCAUGCAACACAUAAAACCAGUUCUUUUGAACCUUCUCCAUGAACCAACCUCCAUAAGCUCCAAAUCCUUCAACCAAAUCCAUGCACUGCUUCUCACUUCCUCCAUCUCCAUUGAUUACUCACUCUCCCUCAACCUCUCUCAACUCCUUGCUUCUUCCUCCCCUCCUUCCCUCGCCUACCAAGCCUUCAAGCAUCUCCAUCACCAUCAUCACCAUCACCAUCACCAACCAACUCCAUUUCUCUUCAACACUUUGAUCUCAAGCUAUGCGAGAACUACAACCCCUUUGUCGGCUUUUCUUGUUUAUAGGUUCAUGCUGAGGGAUGGGUUUCGCCCUGAUAAGUAUACAUUCCCUGUUGUAUUGAAAUCUUGCAUGAGGUUUUCUGGGAUUGGAGAAGCUAGACAGGUUCAUGGAGCUAUUGUGAAGAUGGGUUUUGCAUGGCAUCUUCAUGCAUUGAAUGCUUUGGUUCAUGUUUAUGGUUUGUGUGGUGAGUUUGAUAAUGCAGGCAACUUGUUUGAUGAAAUGCCGCUGAGAGAUGUGGUCUCUUGGACUGGUUUGGUUUCUGUGUAUGUAAAAGCUGGGUUUUUUCGAGAAGCUUUGGCUUUGUUUGGUUUGAUGGAUGUUGAGCCAAAUGGGGCGACUCUGGUGAGUGUGUUUGUUGCUUGUGGGCGAUUGGGGGAGUUGAAAUUGGGGAGGAGGAUUCACGGGUUGAUUUUAAAACGGGAAGCUGGGAUCAGUGUUGUUGAAGGGAAUGCUUUGAUGGAUAUGUAUGUGAAGUGUGAGCAUUUGGAUGAGGCAAAGCGGGUUUUCGAACGGCUUCCUCAGAGGGACAUUGUUUCAUGGACGAGUAUUAUUAGUGGUUUGGCUCAAUGUAAGCGGCCGAAGGAUGCAUUAGAGGUUUUUCAUGCCAUGCAGGGUGAAGGAUUGGAGCCUGACAAGGUCACUCUUUCUAGUGUUCUCUCUGCUUGUGCGAGUUUGGGAGCGUUGGACACUGGGAGUUGGGUAUGUGAGUACAUUGAGCGGAAGGGCCUUGAGUGGGAUGUACAUAUAGGUACCUCCAUGGUAGACAUGUACGCAAAGUGUGGGUGCCUUGAAUUGGCGUUGCAAACCUUCCGUAAGAUGCCUCACAAGAAUGUUUCAUCGUGGAAUGCGUUGAUAGGAGGCCUAGCCUUGCAUGGACAUGGUAGUGAUGCCCUUUAUUAUUUUGAUUUGCUGAUAAGAUCAGGUAUAAAGCCAAAUGACGUGACAGUUGUGGCUGUCCUUAGUGCUUGCUCGCACUCAGGUUAUGUGGAAGAAGGUCGUCAUCAUUUUAAAUCCAUGAGUGAAAUUUACCAACUAGCUCCCAAGAUAGAACACUAUGGAUGCAUGGUCGAUUUGCUCGGCAGAGCAGGACUAAUAACAGAAGCUUAUGAACUUAUUAGGGUGAUGCCAUUGAGAGCGGAUGUUCGUAUAUGGGGUGCAAUGUUGAGUGCUUGCAAAGCUCAUGGAAACGUAGAGCUCUCUCAGCAAAUUUUGGGGCGGCUUCUUGAACUGGAGUCUUGUGACAGCGGGGUGUAUGUGCUCCUUUCUAACAUAUUUGCUAACAGUGACCGAUGGGGGGAUGUAACAAGGAUGAGGAAAUUGAUGAGGGAUAUGGGAAUAAAGAAAGAACCCGGGUCUAGUGUCAUAGAAGUCAAUGGGAAGGCCCAUGAGUUCUUGGUUGGGGAGAUAGACCAUCCUGAUAAAGAAGAGAUUUUGUUGCUGUUGGAUGUACUUGCGAAACAAGUGCAGUUGGAUAUAUGAUUUAUUCUCGAAAAAUUCUCUAUUUAUUCAUUAUUUUCGCUAAAUUCGUCAUUGACAUGCAAAUCACUGGCGUAUGAAUUUACUGCAACUCGAUAAGAAACAUCAGCUUAUGCACAGAAGGGACUUACGGACCACCACCAAGACUACUUUCGAGAAAGUUCUCGCAGGUGGUGAAGCUGUAUUGAUGCCGGCUUGGAUAUUGCAAUAUUUGAAAGCAAAUGACUUUGGACUACAAUGAGAAUAUAGUCAAAAGUGCGGCAUAGCUUGAUAUGCCUGGAAUAAUUUUGGCAUAUUAGAAAAGUCGAAGAAGAUAAAGGAAGGGAGAUUCUAACAAACU